AUCUCCUGCGGACAAUCAGUCAGACCCUGCCAACCCUUGAUGACAUCAUUGAUGACAUCGCCCGGUUGGCAGAAGCUGGUUCCGACUGCGCUGACGAGCCACACCUAAUCGAGGUCACCCUGCCUAUGCUCUGCUCUUAUCUGCCUUUCUGGUGGCGCAGAAAUAAGCAAGCCCAAGAUCAACUGGCUCGGACCUCCGCGCGAACACAACCGAUUGUUGGCAACGCUACGAUCGAUAUGUUAGGCAAAUAUUUCCUCCCUGUGUCCGAACGGUUAUUGGAGCAGGCUAUGUACGUGGAGGCCUUGGAGGAGACCUACAAGGCUGAGAAAAAACUAGGCAACGAAGCCGCAGAUAAAGAGGUGGAGUUGGUAGAGGCCGUGGAGCUCCUGGUUCGCAACAUGUUUGCCCUCUAUCCCCUUCUGAUCAAGUUUGUGGAUAACUAUCGCAGUAACUGGUUGCAACGACCCACCUUGGAGACUGAGCGUCUCUUCAACGCGGUUGCCCGACUCUUCCUCGUGUGGGCAGGCUCAGCGCACUUCAAACGCGAGGAGGAGACCUUUGUUGGUGUGCACGAAAUUGACACACUCUCCCUUAUCAUGCCCAGCGCCGGCCUGACACAGGAUGUGGGCUCACAAGGGGCAUCCCGCUCCAACAUACAGGACCAGUCCAGGCCUGGUAAAGGCAAGCGCCCUAAAACCGGAGCCUUCACGAGUCUCAUGGUGGCUUCUGUCAAACGAAUGCUUCCAAUAGGUUUGAGUGAACUUGGAGGCCGCCAACAGGAGCUAGUUCAACGUGCGAAGAAAAUGUUAAUAAAGCGCGAGUUGAGUACGGACAUUAUCGAGUACUUGAAGGCCGCCUUGGAUAGGGAAGAUGACUCACAGGCCGAUCACCGAGGCAAACGCUGGCAGAAGCUGCUCUACGAAAAAAUCGACAAGACCAUAGCCCUGACCGGUUGCCACUCGGAACUGGGCCUGCCCACCAAGGAGGACGCGGUCAGAAGAAUUUUUGUGCUGGCCAAAGUCAUGCACGGCAUCUACAUCCACGAUCACCCAACUUGCACACUUCGGGGUGUCUGGAAGAAGCUGCUGUCUUCCCAACGCAAACGCGCAGUCAUGGCCUGUUUCCGUAUGAUGCCACUCUACGCUAUGCCACGCCACCGAGCCAUCAACCUCUUCCUCCUCUCCUAUCACGUUGAGUGGCUGGAGCACGAGGAGUCACGCGGAGUGUUGCUUAUUGAUGACAUCACCAGGACAGGCGAGGAGAGUGAGUCCAUCAGCAGCGCAGGCGAGGGUACAGAGGGUGCGGCG